AUGAUUAUGAUUUUUGCACGAUGUUCAGGUGUGACAACAGUCGAAGUAAUGGUCGCCCAUGUAUUAGUCAAAUUUUUAAUACAAUUUAUUCAAAUAUCAUUCAUGGUUAUUUUUGCUGAUCUUAUAUUCGAAGUUCAAAUCAAAGGUCCGAUUUUACUAGCAAUGGUAUUAAUAUUUCUUCAAGGAAUGUGUGGGAUGAGCUAUGGUUUAUUGAUAUCAGCUGUAUGUGAACACGAAAUUGAAGUUAUUGAAUUGGUUCUUGGAUCUGUAUUUCCAAUACUAUUGAGUAGCGAAGGUAUGCCGCAUGUCAUGCGUGUUAUAAGUAAUUUUACACCAUUGACACAUUCGGUUGAAGCAAUGAGAUGUAUUGCAUCAAAAGGUAGAUUUCAUUUUAAAGUAUGGUUUGGUUUUGUUAUUGUCAGUUCAUGGAGUGCAGGGUUUUUUAUUAUUGCUGCAGCACUAUUUGCAUUACGAAAAUAA